AUGAGUAACACAGUCAUAUUAUUAAAAAACCCUAGCGCACCAUAUGACCCAUACCAUGACUUACUCCUAGCCAAAUCAUACAACCCGCAAUUUAUUCCAUUACUUCAUCACACUCAUAGAGAUAAAGCACAAACGAUUGCUUACCUUACGUCUAACGAAUUUAUGAAACACACCGAUUAUUUCAUAAUUACCUCGCAACGUGCAGUUGAAAUGUUGCGAGAGUGUAUAGAGGAAAUAGAUCAAAACGAUGUCAUGCGAUAUCAUCAUCGACAGAAGAUCUUGAGCAAAGUGGGGUAUACUGUAGGGCCAGCGACUUAUAAGAUCUUGAAGGAAGUUGGAUUCGUUGAUGUACGAGGUGGUGUCGAUGCUGGAAAUGGUUCCAAGUUGGCCAAUUUAAUCAUGGCUCAAGUAUACCCCAAUACAAAUAUUGUAUUUUUCACGGGUGAAAUUAGAAAAGAUAUCAUACCUCGAAAAUUGAUUGAUAUUGGAAGAUUCGAGCACUUUAAGGAGUUUGUUAUGUACAAAACUGGUGAAAGGGAUGAUAUCAUUGAUAAAUUUAGUGCUAUAGUUGAUGAUGGAUGCAGCAAUGUCAAUGUGAAUGGUGGUGGUGAUGAAGGUGCUACUAAAUCAGGUGGAUGGAUUGUAUUUUUCAGUCCUCAGGGGACAAAGAAGAUUAUUGAGUACUUGAAGCAACUGAGUGAUAGUGGGGGCAAUUCUGUGACCAAGAGGUGGAAGUUGGCUAGUAUUGGACCUACAACAGAAGAAUAUCUCUUGUCUAAUGGGUUAACUCCCGACACCAUCGCUGCGAAACCAGAUGCUGCUAGUUUAGUUGAAGGGAUAAUCAAAUGUGACUAA